GGCCUCUCAGAACCCCCACACGACGUACCCCAGCUCUCGUCUGCUUGAAGUCGCCUGUCGUCAUCAUGGCCGACGAUCAACCACACAAGUUCCCCGCAUACAAGCUGGGCGAGUACACGGUUGUGGAUGAAAUAGCGGAGGGCACGUUCGGGAAGGUAAAGAUGGCCAUACAUACCGUGACCGGUCAGAAGGUUGCCAUGAAGUUCAUUUCGAAACACGCCAUUGCGAAGCAUAGGACCAAGACCAGGGUGCAGCGCGAGGUCGAAUACAUGCGCACUCUCCGGCACCCUCACAUCAUUAAGCUGUACGAGGUCAUCUCUACCCCUACCGAUAUAAUCAUCGUCCUUGAAUAUGCCGGCGGGGAGCUGUUCAACUACAUUGUCGCGAAUGGGCGAAUGUCCGAGCCACAAGCACGCCGGUUCUUCCAGCAGCUAAUAUCCGGAAUCGAGUAUAGCCACCACUUGAAGAUCGUCCAUCGAGACCUGAAGCCUGAGAACGUGCUGCUCGACGACGAUCUGAACGUCAAGAUCGCUGACUUCGGUCUGUCGAACGAGAUCAAGGACGGCGACUUCCUCAAGACGAGCUGCGGUAGUCCAAACUAUGCUGCACCCGAAGUUAUUCGCGGCGGACUCUACACUGGCCCUGAGAUUGAUGUGUGGAGUUGUGGCGUUAUUCUGUACGUUAUGCUCUGCGGUCGGUUGCCUUUCGAGGACGACGACGUGCAGACGCUGUUCACGAAGAUCAGCCAGGGAGUGUACCACCUCCCGUCAUACUUGUCGCAUGAGGCAAAGGGCCUCAUCAACGGUAUGCUGGCAGUCGACCCCGUCAAGCGCAUUACUAUCCCCGAGAUCAUGCAGCAUCCUUUCUUCACUACCGACCUCCCUAAAUAUCUCAGCCCACUACCGCAACAAGGUCCCGUGCUUGGGACGCUCUCGUCCCUCGUCGCCCCACCGAAAGCCCUUGAGUACGAUUUCAUCGAAGGUUUAGGACGGAUCGAGGAAGAGGUCGUAGAUGACCUGGCCUCUCGUAUGGAAGGAGUGGACAAGGAGGACGUCUGGGAGUGCCUGCGGCGCGAUGAUGGCCCGCAAGGAAACGCCGUCAAAGUGGCAUAUAUGCUCUUACGAGACAAGCGCCGAGCGGGGCGGAACCUGGCGGAAUACGAGGAGCAGGAGCGAGAUGCUAAGUUGGCCGUCAUGGACCCUCGGCAUCCGCUCUCUCCCAAUGCCGUGUCACCUGGAGGAACCGACUUGGAAGAAAACCCUUUCGAUUCCGAAUUCAACGACUAUGACGAAGACGACGAGGAUCUCGAUUUCUCGACGCCACAGAACGAGUCCGAGAGCAACAAUUUCGCGGUCCUUAAUUCUUCCCUCCCCGAACAGCUCCCCGAACCCCAUCAUCUCCAGUCGUACGCCUCCGCGAAGAAGGCGUGGCCAGCGAAGGAGAAGAAGCAGCACCGAACGAAAUGGCACUUCGGCAUACGGAGCCGGUCACCGCCGAUGGAAGUGAUGCUGGAGAUCUACCGGACGCUGAAGGCGUUGGGCAUGGAGUGGAAGGAGAAGACUGAUCUCGGCGGAUUAGGUGCCAGCGCGCUCCUCAAGGAGAAGCGGGGCUCAGAUCGAGCGAAGAUUGAGCGCGCGAGGGAGUACGAUGGCUACGUCGAUCUUCGCGCGGCGUCUGCGAUCUACUUCAUCGAGACGCGAGCCAGGGUGCAGGAUGUGGUGGUUCUGAUGAACCUCCAAUUGUACAUGGUCGACUCUAUCAACUAUCUGGUUGACUUCCACCACAAGAAGACGUACAAGGCGUCGCUCGAGCCUGGUGCGGGGAAGUUUGACAUGGCGCAUCCGGAUUGCAACCUGUCCGAGACGGCAUCGGAGUCGAGCCGCUCGAUCAAAGACUUCAAUCUUCGCGAUGAGGAGGUCGUGUCACCAUUCGUCUUCAUGGACGUCGCCUGUCGACUCAUCAUCGAGCUUGCGGGAGGGGGAGAGUAGAGAGUCGCUCUCCUCGUUUUUGCGCUGUGUGCUAGAUCUCUUGUGCGUGCUGUGAUUUGAUUGUCUGCUAUGUUGCGCAUGUACUGCUUAUAAUCGCUUGGUCUGUUCAGGCGAGACUCACGUUGGAUGUAGCUCAUGGGAUAUCGUAAUCAUGUAUUGUUAUAGUGCAUAUGCUAUAUGCGAAGAAGGAAGCAAUCUGGCAUCUUCUGUGGCUGGAUCUAGACGUGCGUCUUCGGUUGAACAUGUGAAGGACUGGUCAUGCGUCACUUCGGUCCUAGAAUCCUUUGUGGCGCUGCCAAAGGCGGACGAGAUGGAAGUGGACUUGGUAGUGGCUAUCGAGACGGGACAACGCUCUUUGCAUCAAAGAAUGCGUGGUUUUCCUCUAGAAAACUUCAUACAGCAAGGAAGGCGGCUUCCUCUUUGGGGAAUACGUGAAGACCAGAUGAACCCGUCGAUCGUUGGGUGCCGUCUUCGGGCCCUUCGUGACAUCCCGACCAGCAGGGAACAAGUCGCAAGAUCGCAGUUGCAUUCGUCAACGCAGCUGGCUCGCAAGGAGGAAUACUGAUUGUCAUGUCUCGUGCCAAAUGCGAGCCCAGACCGCUCCUGUCGGAUGCCCCACCGCUUCCACACGAGUUGGUGUCGUUGCUGUCACAAGUCAACGUCCGACACGUCUGGUCACGCCAUGUCCAAGUCAUGUUGACGCGGAGACGGCACUCGCGCCGUUCUGGCGUAGCAUGGUUCGACGCCACCCUGCCUCAGCGCA